AACUUUCGCAGCGAGGUCAGGUAGAUGCGAAGUGCCGACUCAGUCGCCGCUGUGACCGCCUCGCGAAUGAAGUCGGUUCCAGACCAGACCGACUCACUCUCUCUAUCGGUCUACUGUCGCACCCGGAUUAUAGACUCACUUAGUCAUAUUUUUUAAGUGGAAAAUUCCCGAUCUGUGUACAUGAUAAGUAUUUAUUUAGCCGAGCGCUGUCGGAUUAACUUCGAUACAACAAUUAUAUUGUAUACAAUCUGCCAAAGGAACCGUGAAACAGGGGAGUGAGCUCUGACCGGCCGAUGGGCAGCACUCCAAUCCAGCUCAAAAAGGUCAAGCUGGGAGGGCUGCAGGUUGUCCGUCGGCGUUUGCUUCAACGCUAUGAGUCCCACCCUUUCCUCUCCUGCCUGGCUGGGCUCUACGGAUGCCAGUGGAGACGGUACCAGCGUACCAGGAUCCUUCCCGGAGAGCUGUGCUGCAGCAAGUUUGAAUUUUUCUGCUUUGGGAUUCUGGUGUUGACCUUUGGCCUGGCGUUUGUGCUCCUGUACUUUUGGAGUGAAGCAAGGAACGAUUACAAUGACUUUGAUUGGAAUUUCUACAGGGACAGAUGGAUCCCAUGGUCAUCUGUGGUGCUGGGUGUGACAGCAACGUUUUUUACAUAUAUUGCCAUAUUACUGGUUCUGGCUAUCUGCCUACUGAGCGAAGGCCAACGAUUAUACCUCUUCUGGGGCCACAAGAUUGGGAUUGUGUUGGUGUUGGGUGUCUGUGCAGUUGCCAUCGGUUUCCUCUACAGUCAGUGGCAGGAAGAAUGGAAUACCUUUGCACUCUCGUUUCAGGUCACAGCUCCAUAUCUGCACGUUGGGAGUCUGGCAGCGAUGACAAUCCUUUCCUGGCCUGUGGCACAGCAUUUCAGCAAGAUGGUUGGGAAAGUUGCCAGAGGAGUCACCUUGGGUCUGUACUUAGCUGUCCUCCUGUUCCUCUACCUGGUGCCCCUUGGUAUGUACUCCCCCUGCAUCAAGGAGAAAGGGACCUUGGGUCCGAAGCCAGCUUUAAUUGGACACAGAGGAGCCCCAAUGUUAGCCCCAGAAAAUACAUUGAUGUCAUUUGAGAAAACCAUUGAGCAAGGAGCGGACGGUUUGGAAACGGAUGUCACCAUCAGCUGGGAUGGAGUCCCUUUCCUGAUGCAUGAUCCAACUUUGAAGAGGACCACCAAUGUUGAGGAAUUGUUUCCAGAUAACCAAACCCUGAAUGCUGCCUUUUUCCCAUGGCAUGACCUAGCCCAACUGAAUGCUGGGAAGUGGUUCCUAAAGGACAAUCCGUUCGGGACGAAACACUUGCUGUCACCGGAAGACAAGUGGAAGGCCAGCCGGCAGACAGUCUGUAAGCUCAGUGAGCUGUUGGCCCUCGCCUCCACCCAUGGGAAGCUGGUGAUCUUCGACCUGUUCCGCCCACCAAAGAAUCACCCGUACCGAAACUACUUUAUCCAACAGACAGUUAUGGCCAUCCAGGACGCUGGAAUUAACCAAAGUUUGAUUCUGUGGCUUCCUAAUGCUCUGAGGUCGAAUGUCCAGCAGGCAAUGCCCGGAUUUGUCCACAUUCACGGAGGAAAGAAGCCAGUUCAACAGCUGCAGUUGGAUAAGAUUACCAAACUCAAUGUCCGCUACAGCGAGAUCUCUGAUAGGGAGAUCAGGAUGUACGCCGCUGUAAACAUCAGCACUAACCUCUACGUCGUGACAGAACCCUGGCUCUUCUCACUGGUGUGGUGUGCAGGGGCCCACUCGGUCAUCACCAACGACCCCCAGAGGCUGAGGGAGCUCCACAGGCCCUGGUUCCUAAUGACCCCAACUCAGUACAGAGCGAUGUGGAUUUCAUCGGACGUUGUAUCAGCAGUGUUGAUCACACUGGUAUUUAUAUUCCACUGGUGGAGGGAAAAUGGGUUUGCCUGUCACCCCAGCAUGAAGAGGAGGGAAAAGGGGAUUUACAGCAAGUUCCGAACAGAAAUGAACAACGUGUGGUCUGUUCCUGAAGCAGAGCCAACUUCCAGUCACCAUGGAGACAGUGUGCCAAGUCUACCCACGUCUGCCGUCCCAGGACACGAGUAACUACCGCCCCCAAAAUGGAGGGUGAAGCUGCUGUUUGGGGUGUGGUGUGCAAUUUGGCUCGGACUGGAGGGAGGCAAGAGGGGAGGGUAUGGGCAAUCCCAAGCCUUAAAGGGGAUAGAAUCGGGCCAGGUCAACCAAUAAUCAGUGCAAUGCUGUGGCCUACACCUUCCUUCUUCCCCACUGGCAUUGGGAAGUCCCUCUUUCUCCCCCUUGUUACUGGUUUCCAUCGUCACCAGCGCUUUGAGAACAGUACUGUCUUUCAGCGUUGUGUGAUGAAAGACUCACAGAAUUAUCUCACCCGGCAUCGUCACAAUGUCCUGCCGGGGCCAGGAAAUUCCAAUUGGGAAAUAAGGAAUAUGCAGGUGUUUACCUGGUUUACCGUCCCACUAACAUGGGUGACCCUCUGCUGCGCUCCUGCCCUGAGUAACCUCCCAGUCGGCCAGAUGGCAACGUUACAAGCUAUCGACUUCGGACACAGUGAACAAAAUGUUCAACAAAUGAAUCUUCACUAUAAAGUUUUAUUUAAUUAGGUUGCUUAACAAAGAUUUUCUUCAAUGCAGUGAAGAGCGUGAAACACAGUUUGGAAACUCUUUCCCAGAUACUGGACUGUUCCAACCCGUAACAAGUCCUUUUGUGGGAAGCCAAUGUGCAAAGUAAACGAGCUAUCUAAAAUAGAAGAGAUCACGGGGAGGAGCAGUGGCGGCGGGGGGGGGGGGUGGCGUGGGGGUUUCACUGAACUCCCAAAGAGAAGAUUUAAACUUCUUCGGGGUCGGCAUCCCUUGAAGAGAUUUUGCAGAAGAGCGGCAGAUCAUAAACACAAGAGAUUCUGCAGGGGCAGCAAAUCUUGAGUGAUACACACAAAAUGCUGAAGGAACUCAGCCAGUUCUGAAGAAGGGUGUUGGCCCAAGAAGUUGUCUGUUUACUUCCCUCCAUAGAUGCUGCCUGACUUGCUGAGUUCCUCAAUCUUGCUUAAGAUUUCCAGCAUCUAUAGAAUUUCUUAUGUUUAUCAAAAGUAGAAAACUCCUGAGAAUGUGAACUCUACAAUCUGAGUGUAAUGGUCAUUGGAUAGAUGACACAGGUUCAUCUUGUCAAAGCAAGCAUGGGUUAAUUUUGACACUGCUGGAGAAUGACCAAGCUUUCACUGACUUACGACUGGAGGAAACGAAAGUGUUCGCAGGGAGAACGUGAAAACUCCACACACACAGAGACAACUCCCAAAAUCAGUAUCAAAUCUAGACCCUUGAAGCUGGGAGGUGGCAACAUUAUUCACCGUGUUAUCAAGACACUAAUCACUGACUGGCAUGGAACCGCGCCAGCCACUCAGCCUAUCAAUUUGGUGCUAGCCCUUUCAGUGCAUCCACUCUCCUCACUGUGAUCGCCUCAGCAAUCCUGGGAACUAGCUUUGAUCCUGUUCUGAAUUGCUGGACAGUAUUCCCUGUGAAAUGGGAUUUGUUUGUAUAUAAUUUUGCACAAAUGUAGGGUGAAGUAUCUAACUCCUUCAUUAAUAGGGGAAAAGACGUACCAGCUCAGAAACUCCAGCAGCACACCACCUUCCCCAGGUAAUGACCACAGCCUUUUCAACUAUCUGUGAUACACAAACAGAGGGUCUGGUGUUUUAGUGAUUUUAUUUAAGAAUAAAAAAAUAAAAAGUGUAUUUUUGGGCAAUUGUGUUGCUCCUGGAACAGUUAAAA